UUUUCUGAAUUGACAAUUUAGUGUUAGUAAAGUCAGGGCACAGAUGCACAAGUAGAAACUGUCUGCAAAGAACCAUUUUAUUAUCUAAAACAGAGAAGACCUCGAGUUAUAGGCCAGUUACUCACCACACAGGAAGUUAUUUUAGGUUACAGUGGGCUGCUUAACUCUGAGACUUAGAGACUUGAUGCAACCUCAGUGUCUCUGCGCGUACACCGGGAAGGAAGACAUACUGCAGACACUUUCUCUCUAUAACCAUACACAAACCAAAGAAGCACAAAACUGCUGGUCACUUACUGAUGAAGGUGUGCUUGCUGUAUAAUCUUCAGAAAAGCUGCAGAGAGAGGGAACAGCCAUGAGUCUGCUGUGAUAAUGGAUCGCAGCAGAGCAGAAAGGAACAGAACUCAAAGAUAUGCUAACGACGUAGAGGAACCAGAGUACGACGUGGUGGAUAACCAGGAAGAAGUGCUUAGUGUACGCAUUCUUCCUGCGAGGCCCAUAAAUGAUGACCAAGAGUAUGCAGACAGGGAUCUCCCAAGGUCAUCAUCAGCUCACAACCUUUCAUCACUCUCCCCUGGAAACUCAAACAUCCUCCCAAGAUGUCCACCCAGAGAAACGCCAUUUUCAACAGCACCUGUGAUAAAUAGAGAUCUGAAGCCUGGUCGACAAAAGAUGAAAACAGUUACAGAUAGGAGGAUCCCACCUGUGCCAAAAGGAGACCAGCACUCACAAAGGAGUUUGCAAUCACCGUCACCUUUUACCCUGGAGUUGGUCAAUGUCUUGUCUGGAAAGGCUCCACAGCAAGGUUGCAGGAGAGAAGAGCACGGGACCACUAGAAAUGCAGAGUUUAGUUCACAUAUGAAAGGUCCACUCAGUUCUGAAAGUCUUACACCUGGCAGUUACAGGCAUUCACUGGAUUUGGAGUCUCACUUAGAAAGAAGGACCCAUCAAAGUCUAGAAAGGGUCCCAUCAAAACGCCAUCACCAUGAAUGGCCUCAGACGAAAGAAGACUUUGACCAGCACGACUUUGUCCCAAUGGAAAAGCCUCAACAGACCUGUGAGGAAGAUUGGUACAUCGGGACAUGUAAUCGAGCAGAUGCUGAGCACGCCUUACACCUGGUGAACAAGGAUGGUGCAUUUUUGGUACGAGACUGCUCCACCAACAGCAACUUUGAACCCUUGGUAUUGGUUGUGUAUCAUGAGAAGAAGGUUUACAAUGUCAAAAUUCGGUUUGUUGAGAGCACAAAAAAGUACGCAUUGGGCACAGGAUAUCGUUCAAAUGAUAUGUUUGACUCUGUGGCAGACAUCAUCAAGUUCCACUCCAUAUUUCCAAUAACACUUGUCAGUGGGAGAACCGCGAUGGGAAACAAGUACCCAGACAACUGUGUGCUGACAUUUCCUAUAACAAAAGGGGAUGUUGAACGGUUGCUACAAUAACAUGUGAACCUUGCCAACAAAGAUUUGUCAAUGUGCUUCUUGUGUCAUGUGUGUUCACAGUUCCACAAAAACUGUAGCGCUGUCAUUCUGAGCAAGUUGGGGUGGAUGGAUUUUGUAAAAGAAAAAUAUAUACGUUGAUCAGACGUGCCUAUAAUUUCUGGUUAUUUUGAUAAUAAUAAUGUGCUAAUGGUUUUUAAAUUAAUCCCAUAGACAAGUGGUUCUCAAAUUCUUUGGGUCCAGUGACACAAAACCUCCUAUAAUCAAAAUAGCGAUUUGGCUGGUUCUGCCACAGCACUCGAAAAUCUUCCCACACCUGCUAGCUACCAGGCUAAUAAACUAGCAAGUGAUUUCAUUGUUGCAGUGAGUCACAAUCAUAUCAGUUCCUCCUGUUCCUCCAUAAUGUGGUAGCAAUUACUGGAUAAAAUAUGCUUUUGUUAUUGAAUCAAAUGGUCCCCAAUCUGUAAAAUGCACUUUUUAAUGAUCUAGCGCAAUUUAACAAAUUAUUUUACAGAUCCCUUGUCCCCCGGACCCGAUUAGAGACCCACUUCUCUCUGACAGAUAAUAGUGAUCUACCCUAAUUAUCCUAAUUUAAUGUCUUCAAAUUGUAUAUUUUGUAGCAACAAUCUAAAAUAAAAAGUCUGUAACUGUACAAUUAUACAAACCAAAAAACUAGAACCAAAUAGCGUAAUCUUUGGUCACAUUUUGCUUUAUAUGGAUAUGUGUAUAAACAUAUACACAUAUCUACUGAGAAAUAAAAGAAAUAUUGAAUAUUAAUCUCUUAAAUACGAAUCUGGUUUUUGCACAGUUGAUUUGGAAUUCAGUUAAACACUGAUCAUGAAUCCAUAUAAAAAAGUUAGCAUUUUCAUGUGUUUCGCCUCCUUGUAUACUUUUCUUGGCAGGAAUGGACUUCCAUACCUACUUCACAUUUUCCUUUCUUUUUCUUAAAUCAGACUUACUUCCCUGUCCUUAUUUUUAACCAGCACAAUGCUGUUUUUCAGUCAUGAACUGCAUGAAAUGUUAUAAAGAUUUUAUUUUUAUUUUAUCACGAUUUUAUUUUAAAUUAUUACAAGAGUUAGGAAAUUCCCAGUGCUAGGUUUCAGUUAGCUUGACUCAGUGCCAUUCAGUGGCUCUGGCUUAAGUGCAGUGAAUUGAUUUAGAGAGUGCUCUGCAGUAUUUCUGUUGGUAACUUAACUAAAGAUAGCAAGUGAAACCAUUUAUAACAUGGAACUAAAGUUUACUAAUUUUUACAAUAUAAGUGGGAAAAUGACAGAUUGAAAGCCACUUUUACAAGCUAAAUAGCAAAUUUAAGGCUAAACAAACUACUUCAAGUCA